AUGGAUCGAAUAUCAGCGGCUCUUCACGAAGCAGUCGGCCACCAAGCACGAGGGCGACAAUAUGCACAAGAGCCUCAACGUGCACUAGGCUGGCAGUACGUAGAGCUGCAACGUUCAUCAGGCGGCCUGCGAGAUCCAUCAGGGCUGCAACGCGCACCAGAGCUGCACCGUGGACCGGAGCCGCGCCAUGAAAUCGGCCCGCAAAGUGCAUCAGAAUCGCGCAGUAGGUCAUCGUCGUCACGUACGUCAGCGACUCCUGAUACAUCGGCGGCGCACCGCCCGCCCGUCACCAACCAUCACGCACCUGUCACGCACCACACAGUAGCAACCGGUGACGCAUCUGUUCCCCAGCAGUCCGAGAACAAGGACGCUGGAACUGGCGAGCAAGCUGCUGACGGCGCUGACGGCGCGGGCGCUGUUAAAUCUACCACACCCAAGCACAUUCUCGAAAAAGAGAAGCAAGCCCGGGUCGCGAUCAGGAAGCUGAAGGCCAAGACCAGUAUGGAUGGGCAGAUGGGCGAGUCUAUCACUAUGGUUCGCACCAACACUGGAGUUGAGUUCAGUGGUACGAUGUGGAAGGCGCCUGCCAAUGAUGUGACCAUUCCUACAACAGAAGAUGACAUCAAGGCCUGCGUCAAUGCUCUUGACCUGGCAAUGCACAACGUCGAAAACAUCCGGGAGAAGGCCGAUAUCAAGUCACCUACCAAUCGGUGGAACUCUGAGUCCAAGUAUUAUUUCCCGGAAGAGUACAAUGCAGCUGCUGGCCUGCUCGUGAAAGAGCUGAUCAAAAUCCACACCGACGGUUGGACCAAGCAGAUCUUCGACCAGAACGAGCGUGAGCAAUGUCAGCUUACCCAGUUCUACACGUUUGAAGAUCGAUUCGAAGGUCUUCGGGAACUGCUUCAUUACUCCAAGACGUCUUGCCAAGACAUCAUGAAGGGUUCCCGCUUCUACACUAUCAUCGCCAACCCGCGCAACCUGAUCCAUCGCACAGCCACCAACAAGACUGCCAACGUCAACAAAGGCCAGCAAAUUCGGGCAGGCAAAGUGGCAAUCAAGAAAGAAAGCAGCAAGGCAGCUUCUUCCAGCGGCGAAGACAAGGGCGACAAGGCGACACAGCAGGAUGGCGAGGAGGGCUCCAACAGCGAAGAGUCUACAAAAGUCAAGAAGGUCUCAAGGGGCAAGAAGCGCGCUCGCGAAGAGACCUUCGUUGCGGAGGACCCAGCUAGCCAAGCACCUCGCAAGAAAGCGCCUACGAAGAAGCGUCGCAGCGAGUGA